AACAAAUUAAAGUAGAAAGUUACAUUUCCUUGUACGUUUAUUGAGUGUAAGCGAAGUCUGAAUUUUGCUGUGUCUACCUGCUUUGUUCAAGUGCCCGUGUCCAACUUGUGAGUGAAAGUUUUAUGUAAUACGUAAUAGCAAACGUAAUUGUUAAGUGAUUUGCGCUUCUUAAAACAGAAUCAGAACCCCAAAUAUUACGGUGCUGACGUUAUAUGCGUAGAUUUAAGCUGUGUCGUUAUCUACGCAUAUUUCCUUUUUGCGUUUAAGUGAAGAUUUGGACGUUUGCCAGAGAGAUAUCAGCCAAAAUCAGCUGUUGUGAAAGCACAUCAAACAAAGCAAUUUUAUGAAAUGCCAUCACUUUUAGAAGCAAUAGAUAAAAAAUAUGGUAAAGAAGAGGUCGAUAAUUUUGACCUUGACUUGCCAAUUGAAAUUUACGUGCCGAAGAAAAGCCCGAGGAACUCAAUCCCGUCACUAUUGGUGCUAAACGACUGUGAUAUCGAAACUGCAGGGGAUGAACAGGAAUUGGAGAAGAAAUGUCGGGGGGUUGAGGAGUUGGAUCUCGCUCAGAACAAGCUGGAAAGAUGGACUGAGGUGUUUGACAUACUGAAGCACAUGCCAAGAGUGAAGUUCGUCAACCUGAGUUUCAACAGCCUAACGGAAGAGCUUUUUAAUCUGGAUGACAGGAAUCCCUUCCAGUAUCUGAAGAACCUCGUUUUGAAUGCUACUCGUAUCAACUGGAAGAGUGUUCGGGAUCUGCUACGGCUACUGCCAUGUUUGGAGGAGCUACACCUCAGCCUCAACAACUACAGUAGUGUGGAACUGAGCAAUGAUGCUGAUACGCAGACAAGCCCUCGUCACUAUUGCAAUGUGAAGAAGCUACACUUCUCGGGGAAUCCAGUGGCCACAUGGCGGGAGAUAUGCAAGUUGGGUCUGGCCUUUCCUACACUUGGGGCUCUUGUACUCGCUGAGUGCCCGCUGCAGUCACUUGACCCAUCUCCUAUCAUAGGGAAUGGGAGUGCUUCAGAAGCAGAUACAUCUCCAGGAGGACGAACGGAGAGCGAGUGCGAAUCUAACAGCCCCCCAGGCAUUGAUUCACCCCACAGUUACUUCAGGAAGCUAAAAUUUCUCAACUUAAAUAGCACAUUGCUGGCAACAUGGGAUGAUGUGGAUAGACUAAGCAGGUUCCCCGAAUUGCAGUACCUGCGAUUGCAGGGUUGCCCUCUUUUUGAGGAGUAUACUGAACAUGAGCGCCAUCAGUUCCUCAUUGCCAGGCUUCCUAAUGUUCAGACACUGAAUGGAGGUGGAAUUAUAGGCAAGGAAGAACGGGAGGAUGCAGAACGGGCAUUCAUCAGAUAUUACUUGGAGAAACCAGAGUCUGAUCGACCGGAGAGGUAUGCAGACCUAGUGGCUGUGCAUGGUAAGUUGGAUCCUCUGGUUGAUGUAGACUUGAGCCCUGAGAAGCGUGUCAAGGUUCGUUUCACAUGUGGAGAGGCAAGUGAGGUUCGCAGCAUAGUUGUGUACCAGACGGUCCAGGAACUCAAACAGAAGCUAGAGUCGUUUGCAGGGAUCCCCUCGUCACGCAUGAAGCUGUUUUACGUGGACCAGGACCUGAAAGACAUCACAGGGGCUGAGGAAAUGCGUUUCCCUAACAAGCAACUAUACAGCUACAACAUCUCGAAUGGUGACGAGAUUAUUGUGGACUCCAAACAGUUGAAAUGAACUUGUACUCUGCGCCUUUGUGGAACAUGCAGCUGAGUUUGUUGUUACUGUUCUUUCUGAAUUGUUGGAGAUCGACAUAUCUUCCAUAAUGUUUUGAAACAUCAAACUAUAGAAACCUUUGUUAUUCUGGAACAGAAAUGAAGAUAAUUAGAAUCGGUUUCUGCCUGGAUCAUUGGAAUUGCAGCUCCACUGUCUUUUAAUGGAGCUGUGGGUUGUAUAUCUUACAUUGGGAUCAUGACAGGAACCCAGUAAGUAAUAUCUGGCUAGCUUCCAUACUAACAGCUAAUUGAAACAGGUUGACCCAUGCAUAGUGACCUGCAUGACAGGCACCUAAUGUUGCAAAUCGAUGAGCAUGUAACAAGUCAGGUAGAAUAACAAGGUUCUUGGAGAUUUUGGACAUAGUUGUGCCAUUUCUUGUGUAACUCUUCCUGAGAUAAAUGGAUCUGACACAAAAAUGGCUGUGCAAGCAUUCCUCACCGACACUGCCUGUUGAACAGAUGUGUUGAAUAACAGAAUAUUCUGUAUUCAGAAUACUUCUUAAAGUAUAAACGAUCUGUUUAAAAAUGACAGAUUUAAGACAUCUGUAGGGUUCAGUUCAUGACAUCACAGAUUUUGUUUGAUGUUUCAGUGGGAUACAUGUAAAAACUGAGACAUAUACUUCUUUUCAAAUUCAGAUUACAAUUUUAAAGAUGUUAUAUUUUCAGACGUUCAGAGGAAGUUCUUAUGUAUUUUUGCCAGCUGAAGCUGUGUCCUUACGUUUUAUUUACAGAUAGCAAUAAGCAUAAACAGUAUUUCAAAACAGUUGGUCUAAUGAAUUUGUCAUUUUACUCUGUUUGUAUAACAGUCUGUCUGUCCUGAACAAGUUUUGCAACUAACCUAAUGGUGGUGGUAUAGUGAUAGUAGUGAUGAAAUUUUGAAACCACUACACUUUUAAUGUAACUCAUUUUGAGUGUGAGGACUUAUGGAGAAACUAACUUAUUUUCUAGUCUCUGUUAGUGGAAUUUAUAAUUAUGAGUUUUAUUUUAAUUAUUAUUUUAAAAAAUACAUGUUAUUGUUUGGUUUUAGAUAUUUGUUUAUGUGUAACAUUGUUUUUUCUGAAAGAAUUAUUUUAAAUUCUUGCUUUACACAGUAUACUGUAAUAUAAUACACCUGUGUUUCAUUACAUGUUGUAGGAAGUUUGUUAUGUGGAAAAGAUCAAGGCAUUGUUCUUAUGUUAUAAUCAGGCUCUUUAUCUUGUGUCUAAAACAAUGAUCAGGGUUUACCAUGAAGUGACGGGAUGGCCAGAGUUUCAGGUGCAUGAUGUACCUCAACUGAGGGGAAUGCCACUGAUAAAGCCUUAGGUUAUGAUAUGAUUUUUUAACACCUAGUGGCAAUACACGAAUGACUGCAACACAGUGUUCUUAGAAAAGUGUCAAGAACAAAUUCUGUGAAGAAAAAUUUUACUGUUAUACAGCUCAAACAAACCUUUGUUUGAACUACUGCUUGGCCUAGAAGUGAACACAGAGAAAACUAAGUGUAUGUCGAUGUCUCAUCAAAAUACAGGACAAAAUCUUAACAUGAAGAUGACUAGCAGAUCCUCUGAAAAUGUGGCAAAGUUCAGAUAUUUGGGAACAACAGUAACAUAUCAAAAUUUGAUUAAUGAUGAAAGUAAGAGCAGAUUAAACUCUGGUAAUGAUUGCAACCUUUCGGUUCAGAGUAUUUUGUUUUCCAUUCUGCUGUCUAAAAACGUUAAAUAUACAAAACUCUAAUUUUGUCUGUCAUUUUGUAUGAGUGUGAAACUUGGUUUC